UUUCCUUGAUUAAUACCCUUGAUCCAAAAUCCCCAAAUCACACUCCUAUUUCUUUCCAAUUUCCAAAUGUUUUCAUCUCCAAAACCCCAACAACCCAUCAAUUUUUACCCACCACAACAACAGCAACAACAAUCCAACAUGAUAAUGGAGCCCCAAAUGAUCAUUCCUGACGCCACCACCACCACAAGCAGCGAAGACAACACAAACACUCACAAGCCAUCUGCCACCUCAGCACCACCACCACCACCACCUGUCAAGAAAAGAGCAGAAACAUGGGUCAAAGACGAAACAAGAACUCUAAUUAUUCUAAGGCAUGAAAUUGAUUCACUUUUCAAUACUUCAAAGUCAAACAAACAUCUGUGGGAACAGAUUUCUUUAAAGAUGAAAGAAAAAGGGUUUGAUAGAUCGCCCACUAUGUGUACUGACAAAUGGAGAAACUUGCUGAAAGAAUUCAAGAAAGCUAAAGAAAAUAGUGAUGGGUUUUCAAAUAGUUCGAAUAAUACUAAGAUGCAGUUUUUUAAAGAAGUUGAGGAAGUUAUUAAAGAUAGAAAUAAGACUUCCAAGAUUGAUUCUUUUUUGCAGUUUAAUGAUAAAGGUGUAGAGGACACCAACAUUCCAUUUGGACCUGUAGAAGAAUUUCUUCAUGCCACAGCUAAUGCUAGAGGUGCCCUUAAUCUAGAAAGACAGUUGGAUCAAGAGGGGCAUCCUCUUGCCAUCACUGCUCCCGAUACUAUGGCAGCAAGUGGAGUCUCUCCAUGGAAUUGGAGGGAGACCCCUGGAAAUGGUGAUCAGAAUAACAGUUAUGGUGGAAGAGUUAUUUCGGUCAAGCUGGGGGAAUACACACGACGUAUUGGUAUUGAUGGCUCACCAGAUGCCAUAAAGGAAACCAUCAAGUCUGCUUUCAGGCUGAGGACAAACAGAGCGUUUUGGUUGGAAGAUGUUGAUAAUAUUGUGAGGACACUUGAUCGGGACAUGCCUCUCGGAAACUAUACUCUUCAUGUAGAUGAAGGCUUAAUGAUCAAAGUGUGCUUGUUUGAGGAGCCAGAUCAUGUGCCGGUCCAUACUGAAGACAAGAUCUUUUACACUGAAGAUGAUUUCCGUGACUUCUUGUCUCGCCGAGGCUGGAUCUGCUUGAGAGAAUACAAUGGCUACAGAAACGUCGACGUUAUGGACGAGCUCUGCCCUGGUGCUAUUUAUCGUGGUAUAAGCUAGGUUCCACCAUGUUGUAAUGGUCAAGUGUAAAUAUUGAUGUUAAGAUGUUGUCUCUCUUCAUGGAUAUCUAUUUGGGAUUGCAUUCUUUAAUGUGCUUCAUUGAGUUUUUAAACACGAUAAGCACUUUUUUACCUUUUCCGAAUGUUUGGAUGAAAAGUGCUUAUUUGAAAUUAAAAUAAAAUAUUUCUAAGCACCAUUGGAGAUGCUUAUUUCACUGCA